AUGCUAGAUAAAUACGGACCCUUCCUGUCGCAGCGAGAUUUCGAAGAGUACAUGGAAUCAUAUGCUGUGAAUUUUGAUCUCUACAAGCACAUGACUUUUAACACAAAUGUUAAGCAAGUCGUACGAAAUGCUGAUGGGUCCAAAUGGCGGGUCGAGAUGAUCAAAUCAGGACUUACCGAGGUGCAAGAGUUUGAUAAGGUUGUUUUCUGCCACGGAUAUCAAACGAAACCAAAGAUGCCAGUUUAUGAAAGCCAAGAGCAGUAUGAGGGCCUCCUCAUACACUCGCAGCAGUUCCGGAAACCAGAGGACUUCAAGGGAAAGAAGGUUGUUCUUGUUGGCCUGGGUGCCACUCUUAGUGACAUUCUCUCUGUCAUUGUUAAGCAAACGGACAGGGCUUACAUCUCUCAUCGAAACGGCGGCCUUAUCGUAGGCCGCUGGAGAAAUGGUGUCCCUACGGAUCUGCUGGUCACCCGCGCCCGAAGACAGAUGUCGUACUUCCUGCAAAGCCAUUUCCCCAAACUCUCUAACAAACUUGUGACACUUGCUUCCGGAUUUCUCAUGAAGCAGCACGGCAAGCUCGAUCCUUCUUGGCGUCUCAGUGAGAAUGUGGCACCACUCAGUGUUCACCUCGCAGGCUUUGUAGACACUACCGUUGAAAUUCUAAGGGAGGGAAAGGCCACAUCAUUAUACGGCAUACAGAGAUUCCUUGGAGGGAAAUCCAUUGAGUUCACCGAUGGGACAGUUCUAGAUGAUGUCGACGCCGUCAUCUGCUGCACAGGCUAUUCAGCAGACUUUGAUCUCACUCCCUUCAUUCAGAUGAGCAAGCCCAAGACGGACACUUCUGGGAAUCCCUACGGAGGACGCCCCAUAGCGCGACUAUAUAAGAACCUGUUCCCGCCGGCACACGCAGACAGCAUUGCCAUUCUUGCAUAUUCGACGUACGGAAAAAAUAACGGAUUUUCCUUCUCCGACGUUACUUCCAUGGCUAUCAGUAACAUCUGGCGCGGGAUCAGCGCCGAUUUGAUUCCAUCAAGGCCAGAGAUGGAGCGAGCCAUUGACCAGCAUCAGCAGUGGAUCGCAGAUCGCUGGACCCUUGAAAACAGAUCCGACCCAGGUGCAGUCAAACAGUGGGAGUUCCAGGGCUUCCUGCACAAGGCUGCUGGCACAGGCAUGGAGAAUCUUGGAUGGGGGUGGCGCGGUUGGGUCACAUGGUUCAAAGAUCCGUACAUGAGCUACCUGAUGAACCAUGGCGUCGAGACGGCGCAUGCUUUCCGGUACUUUGAGACGGGAAAGAGGAAGACCUGGGAUGGUGCUAGGGAGGCAAUUAUACAUACGAACAAGCUGGUAAGGCGCUUGAAGCAAAAGCGGUAA